AUGGCGCGCCUUCUCCGCCCCCCAAGCCGUGGCGACUUCGAGAUAGCCAUUAUCUGCGCCUUGUCGAUCGAGCGUGAUGCCAUCGAAGCACUUCUGGACGAAGAGUAUGAGACGAAUGGCUUUUCAUACGGGAAAGCCGCUGGAGAUAUGAACACCUAUACUAUAGGCCGGCUGGGGAAUCAACAUGUGGUGCUGACGUACAUGCCUGGCAUGGGCAUGGUUAGUGCAGCCGCUGUGGCAGCCAGUAUUCUGUCGAGUUUCGAAAGGAUCAAAAUCGCGAUCGUGGCGGGCAUAUGUGGUGGUGUCCCGCGAACUACGGACGGAGCAGAGAUUGUCCUCGGCGACGUCAUUAUUAGUACGUCGGUAAUCCAAAUUGAUUUUGGGCGACAAUAUCCCCACGGAUUUGUGAGAAAGACGUCAGGGGAGGAUACACUUGGACGAGCGAAUCCGGCAAUUCGAGCGUUUAUUGGAAAGGUGUCAGGACGCCUUAUUUCAGAAAGACUUCACGAAAAGACGAAUGUUUACUCUACACAAAUAUGCGCGAAGAGAGGGUUUUCGAAAUCAGCCUAUCCGGGACCUGAAAAAGAUCAACUGUAUCCAGCCAAGUACCGACACAAACAUUGGAGGCAAGGCUCAUGCAGUAUUUGCGACAGUUGCCAUCACCUCGAUGACGAUGUGUGCGAAGAGGCACUGAAGAAGUCGUGUGAGGAAUUAGGCUGCGACAAGACCCAGUUGAUCGAACGUCAACGUCUUCAAAAAGCGCUGAGCAGUGGCCCCGAUGAAAAUCCAAUUCCCUGCAUUCACUUUGGCCGGACUGCAUGCAGCAGUCAAGUGAUGAAGAGUGGACAGCAUCGCGACCGAAUCGCCCAGCUGGAGGGAGUGAUUGGGUUUGAGAUGGAGAGUGCCGGCACGUGGGACUACAUCCCCACGGUUGUGAUCAAAAGCGUAUGCGAUUAUGCGGACAGCCACAAAAACAAGGACUGGCAAGAAUAUGCUGCGGCCACAGCAGCAGGUUGCACGAAGGCCUUUCUGGAAGAGUGGAGAAGUGCCGACAGACCGACUCAAGAUAUAUCUGAGAUUCCUCUUCACCCUUCGCUCCUUAUCCCUUUCCGUCGUGACCCCGAUUUCGUCGAUCGCGGAGCACUGCUCGAUAAGAUUCACAAGAGAUGUUCAGUACAAGGGUCCAGGACUGCGCUCGUUGGGUUAGGUGGCGUCGGAAAAUCCCAACUGGCGAUUGAAUAUUGCUACCAAGUCAGAGAGCAAUCACCUGACGUAUGGAUUUUCUGGAUCCAUGCGAGCAAUGCGGCCCGUUUCGAGCAGAGUUUUCGAGAGAUGGCUGAUCACGUUAAGAUUCCUGAGCGGAGGAAUCCCCACGCCAACAUAUUUAAGCUGGUCCACGACUGGUUACGCGAUGAGAGACAGAACAAGUGGACGCUUAUCCUCGAUAACGUCGACGACGCAGGUUUCCUUCUUGAAGCGAAUCCCCUACGUCAGAAGAGUCAGGUAAGCGACUGCGAAGGCACAAAUUCGGCUCGACUCUUUGACUAUCUCCCCCCCAGCCUCAAUGGGUCUAUCCUCAUCACAACCCGAACUAGAAGCGCGACAUUAAGUCUCGUGGAAGAAAAAGAGAUCAUUCCAGUCAAUCCAAUGAACGAGGCGGAUGCCAUUACACUCUUAGAGAAGAAGCUCGGUGACCAGAGAGAUCGCCAAGAUCUGGCAGUGCUCGCUCGAGAGCUGGAGUGUAUGCCACUAGCCAUUAUUCAGGCAGCGGCAUAUAUCUCUCAGAGGGGACCACGGUGCUCAGUACGGCAGUACGUCGACAAAUUCCAAAGGAGUGAAAAAGGGAAGACGACGCUGUUGAACCACGAGGGCGGGCAACUUCGCCGGGACCGAGAGGCUAAGAAUUCCAUUAUCAUCACAUGGCAAAUCUCCUUCGAUCAUAUUCGCGACACGAGACCGUCAGCCGCCGAUUUAAUGUCACUGAUGAGCUUUUUUGAUCGACAAGGGAUUCCCGAGGCUCUCCUUCGAAAUCGAAGCCAAACCGAUAGCAACUAUAAACGCGACCAACGAGCUCAGAGAAAUACUGAGGGGGACGACGAGGAUGACGAGGACUACGAAAACGGUAACAGCGCAUCAGACUCAAGCAGAGACGAUGAUUUUGAAGAGGAUGUUCUCACACUAAACAAUUACUCAUUUAUCUCUGUCAACGUGGAUACCACCACUUUCGAAAUGCAUGGCCUUGUCCAGCUCGCGAUGCGAAGAUGGCUUGAUGCGCACGGACAGCUCGAGAGAUGGAAGCAACAAUACAUCAAGAAUCUUUACACUGAAUUCCCUCCGGGAGAGUAUGAGAACUGGGUCAAGUGUCAAGUGCUCUUUCCGCACGCUAAAGCAGCGGUAUCGCAGCAGCCGAAGAGAGAAGAUUCGGUACUCGAAUGGGCUGAGCUGCUGUAUUAUGCAGCGUGGUUUGCAUGGCGACGAGGACAAGUGGCGGAAGCCGAGAUGAUGUCAAUAAAGGCGAUGAAAGCGAUGAAGAAAGUAUUUGGUCCUGGCCACGAGAAGACGCUGAAUAGUAUAGGGAUGGUAGGCUUGGCAUACCAGCUCGGGGGUCGAUGGCAGGAGGCGGAAGAGCUGGAAGUGCAAGUGAUGGAGACGAGUUCGAGGGUGCUUGGGGCGGAGCAUCCUAACACGCUGACCAGUAUGGCCAACCUGGCGUCGACGUAUUCGAAUCAAGGCCGAUGGCAGGAGGCGGAAGCGCUGGGAGUGCAAGUGAUGGAGACUCGGAAAAGGGUGCUCGGGGUGGAGCAUCCGAACACGCUGACCAGCAUGAACAAUCUUGCAUUCACCAUGCAAGUGCAGGGGAGGAAUGCGGAGGCUGUCAAACUCAUGGAGGAAUGUGUGCAACUUCAAAGUCAGGUCUUGGGCGGUCAACAUCCUGACACUCUUUCAUCUACCGCAGCGCUGGCCCAAAUGGAAAGAGCAGCGGGAACAUGA